UCGCGUCCAUCUCCUGUCUCCCUCGCUCCUUCUUGGGAGUUGGGACCAUAAGCAGCGCCUUCUUCCCCCCAACGACCAUUGUAGUGAAUGUACCAUUCAACCAUUACUCCCCCAACCACUGAUCAGGGAAAGCUGAUAGAAAAGGAAGGGGGAAGAAAACAGCGAACACCAUCGAGAAUUUGGGUUGGCUCCCGGUGGUAAACGAGGCUCUUCGCUUUCAGGUGAGGGGGAAUGCCACUCUAGCUGGAGGAUGGGCGGCUGCUUCAGCAGUAGUACCAAAACGCAGGAGGCGAAGGCGGCGGCACGCACCACCACCCCUCGCUACCCCGAGGGGGCGAGCUUACCACCUCUGCCAGAGGCCGAUGUCGAGGAGACGGUGAAAGAGGUCCUCUCCGAGACUCCCAGACCGCCGAGGCAAACCCCAUUGCCAAUUAGGGCAGAUCAGGUGGCCACUCCGAAGGAGGUGGAGAUCAACGACGAGGCUGUUCCUCUCGCAGACCGCAGCAGCAACGGCUGCGACACCAGAUGCGAGGACGCCUCCGAGGUCUGCAGCAUCAGCGCGAAGAGCGAGACUCUAUCGGGCCCCACCACUCCGGCUGAGAAGCGACGAGCAGCUGCGACGGAGACCGGAAGGAGGGCGGCGAGGGAUGACCGCUCGCCCGUCAAGUACCAGAAAAAGCGCUCCGUUUCCGGCGAGUUCGCCUGCAGACGGGACCGGAGCGUGGCUGUUGGCUGCGGCAGCGGGAGAUCCUCCCCGUCGCCGGCAAGGCGGAGGUCCGAACACGCGGCCAUCGGUAGGACGAACUCCGCCAGAGAGGCCAGCGCUCGGGCCACGCGAGAUCCAGGCGAGAGAUCCAACAGGCGCUCGGUGUCCCCGGCGGCGGAACGAGCGGCGGAGUUGCGGCAGAGAGGGGGACAAUGCAGGGCGCCGGAGGCAGCGACGGCUAGGGUAAAAGGAUCGAUGAAGCAGAUCUCGGCGGACGAGGGAGAAAGGAGAUUCUGCGGGCAGCGUGAGGGCACGGUAGAUGGCGGCGUGGUGGUAUCCGAAGGAGAGCAGCCGGAGUCGCUGGAGAACCCCCUCGUCUCCCUGGAGUGCUUCAUCUUCCUCUAAUCUAGAGAAGAAUUAAAAGACAUAGGAAGCUUCUCUUCUUCAUCACAUCCGCAGAUCAUCAUCAUCAUCAUCAUCAUCAUCA